UAAAAUACUGCAGAGCAAGAAGAAUAACUGAAUUGUAUGAAGUGUAGUGAAGUUCUUAAAUUAGAAACUUUUGAUGUAUAACUUUAAUCUUAAAAUAGUUAAAUAUGUGUUAGUGGCUUUGCAACAAUGUAAGAACACCAAUGUUGUGUACUCUCACAAACCCAAUAUACUUAUAAAUAUUCGUACAGAGUACCAUUGGAGAACCCAUGUACCACACACUGUAUGAAACCUUCGCUGUGGUGGAUGAAAUAUAUGACAAAGGCUUCCACUUCCACUCUGCUGUGGCAGCCAUGUGGGGGGACCUCGCUGUGGUGCUCUCGGAGUCUAAGGUGCUCCCGUUUUCUUUGGUCUCAUACGCGGCCUUUAUCAAGAGAGCCCAGGACCAUAUCGCCCAGCGCUAUGGGGAUCUUAUCCGUUCGCAAAAUAUUACGCUAAAGUACUUUACUGAUGCUGGACAGACGUUCAAUACGAGUGCUUUUAUCUUCAAUAAGGCGCUGGAAUCUCUAGACCUGAAAAGUCCUCUGGUUGUUCGUCGUGUCAAUGACCAGUUGAUGAUGGUAGAAAGAUCAUUCAUUGACCCCCGCGGCCUUCCUAAACAACCUGAGUUGAAGUAA